GAUACCAUGACUAACCGAGCUGUGGCUAUUAAAGUGAACAAGAGCCGCCCUGAUAUUCUGCAACAGGCGAAAUUGGAAAUUUUCAUCCUGGAGCAGCUGCGAAGGUUGGAUUCAGAUGCCGCCAACAUUGUUCAAUGGGACGGCUUUUUUCACGACGGAGAGCGGGUUUGCCUGAAAUUUGAACUCCUUGAUCAAUGCCUGAGGGACUACAUAUGGGACCGGAAAAACCACUGUCUCCCCAUAAGCGAAGUCAGGCCAAUUUUAGGUCAACUGACAAAUGCUCUGUCCCACCUGGGUUCUGUGGGAAUGGUGCACGCUGACCUCAAACCUGGAAACAUCAUGGUUGUAAACCGCCAUGAGUCUCCCAUCAAAGUCAAACUUAUAGACUUUGGCCUCGCAUGUCCUGCGUCUGCAGUGAUGCCUGGUGACCGUGUGGGGACGGUUGGUUAUUGUGCACCUGAGGUUAUGCUUGGCCUUCCUUACAAUGAAGCAAUUGACAUGUGGUCUCUGGGGCUGGUAGCUGUGGAGCUUGCUACAGGGCUGCCACUCUACCCUGGAAAUGAAGACUAUGAUGUUUUGAAAUUCAUCAUAGAGACUCAGGGUCAGCCACCAGAUCAUGUUCUAGACUCUGGCGUCUACACUGAAGACUAUUUCAUUGAAGACAAAGACAAGCAACAGCGCUGGACAUUUAAGACUGACCAACAAUUUCAGUAUGAGACAGGAUAUGAGUCCCUGGAGACAAGAUGCAUAAAACUGACGCGUCUGGAUGACCUUGAACAAAUAAUAAUGUUUAGACGAGGACCAGAAGCUGGCCAACGCUUAUUUGUCAGCUUAAUUAAACAGAUGUUGGCCUUGGAUGCACACCAGCGGAUAACACCCUCUCAGGUUCUCCGGCAUCCCUUUUUCAGCCCUAAGAGUUCCCUGUGCAUUGACAUGAGUGCUGAAAUAUCACAAAACCCUGUGGUCUUUCAGCACCCUUCAAACUUGGAAAGCAAGAGAUCACAGAAAAUCAACUGCAGUUUUCAAAACUCGGUUGAAUUUUCUCAGCAAGUAUUCGUCCACACAUCAGCCAGUCCAUCAUUCAGCUCAGAUGAGCUUGAAUUAGUUAAAGGGAGCAUUUUGGGAAAGCACUACAAGGUAGAGGCUUUCCUCGGAGAAGGGGGCUUUGGUAUUGUAGCCAAAUGUCGCGACACAACAACCAACCAAGCUGUUGCCAUUAAAGUCAACAAGAGCGACCCUGAUAUUCUGCAACAGGCACAUGUGGAAAUUUUCAUCUUGGAGCAGCUGCGAAGGUUGGAUCCAGAUGCCGCCAACAUUGUUCAAUGGAACGGCUUUUUCCACGACGGACAGCGGGUUUGCCUGAAAUUUGAACUCCUUGAUCAAUGCCUGUGGGACUACAUAGGGGACCGGAAUAAACAGGGUCUCCCCAUAAGCGAAGUCAGGCCAAUUUUAGGUCAAAUCACAAAUGCUCUGUCCCACCUGAGUUCUGUGGGAAUAGUGCACGCUGACCUCAAACCUGGAAACAUCAUGGUUGUAAACCGCCAUGAGUCUCCCAUCAAAGUCAAACUUAUAGACUUUGGCCUCGCAUGUCCUGCGUCUGCAGUGAUACCUGGUGACUUUGUGGGGACGGUUGGUUACUGUGCACCUGAGGUUAUGCUUGGCCUUCCUUACAAUGAAGCAAGUGACAUGUGGUCUCUGGGGCUGGUGGCUGUGGAGCUUGCUACAGGGCUGCCACUCUACCCUUCGGAGAAUGACUAUGAUUAUCUGAAAUUCAUCAUAGAGACUCAGGGUCAGCCACCAGAUCAUGUGCUAGACUCUGGCGUGUACACUGAAAACUAUUUCAUUGGAGACAAAUACAAGCAACAGCGCUGGACAUUUAAGACGGAAGAACAAUAUAAAGGCUCUGUUCCAGGGACAGGACAUGAAUCCCUGGAGACAAGAUACAUAAUACUUACACGUCUGGAUGACCUUGAACAGCUAAUGAUGUUUAGACGAGGACCAGAAGCGGGCCGACGCUUAUUUGUCAGCCUAAUUAAACAGAUGUUGGCCUUGGAUGCACACCAGCGGAUAACACCCUCUCAGGUUCUCCGGCAUCCCUUUUUCAGCCCUGGCCUCUCUAAAAGGUUCCCAUGUAUCAACAUUGAAAGACCAUACUGA